UGUAAACAGAGUGCAGAAAGACGUGAGGCGGGUAAUUUGUCUUCUUUUAAAAACCUUAUCAAAGUAUUUUUUAUUUGUUUGAACUUGCAUGAUUUCUGUGGCGUCAGUGUUGAACAAAAGGUCUGUUACUUCUACGGUAAUGCGCAUGAUGACUUCUCUGAUGAGUGUAGCCUUUGAGGAAUCUAGGCUGUAGAUUAUGCAACAGAAAUUUAUGACGUACUCUAUUAAUACAAGGGAAACCCACCGAAUUUUUAAAGCGUUGCAAUGAAGGCAAUAAAACUGUGCUACCAGUUGCAUAGACACCAUCUUCAGAGUAUCAGUGAAGGAUGUGGGUCCAUUCACAGCAUACUGAGAUCACACUUACUGAUGAACCAAAACUAUGAACAACAGAGAUGUUUUUGUAAUGAGAGCCGUGUUGGAUCCCAAAAUGUUGGCUGGCCAACAGCAAGGAGGCGGGCAGCAGUGGCAGUUUAUCAUGGACAUAGACUAGUGGAUCACUACUCCUGGAUGAAGGGAGUGGCCAUCAAAAAGGACCUGAGGAAAUACAUUCAACAAGAAAAAAAGCAGAUGGAAAAUAUGCUUAAAGAAACCCAGCCCAUUCGGGAGCGAGUUAUGAGAUGGUUAGAAAAGAUAGAUCUGGAAAAUACAAGAACAGAGAUGCCAACUGUGAUGGAUGGGAGUAUUUACUUCAGGGAAUCACUUGAUGAAUCUUGGGGUUAUUAUAGAAACAGUCAACAAGAUGAGAGAAAAACAGACAAAACCUCUGCAGAACUUUUACUAGACACAGCAAUGUUCACAGAGUUAUACGGUCACCCAGUGGUCAUUACGUCAGUAAAGAUUUCCUCUAAUCAGCAGCAUAUGGCAUUCAUUGUAGAAACGUCAUCCAUGGAUACGUAUGAUGCUCAUAUCCUUCAGAUUGGGAAAGGUGCUUCAAAGUAUAUUGAGAGGAUCCAGGACGUCUUUAGUAUCGAGUUUGCGCAUGAUGGGGUUCUUUACUACACUAAGAUGAAAUCUUUGAGAGCGGCUAGUGUAUGGCGUCAUCUCAUCGGUCAAGACGUUUCAGAUGAUCAGCCUGUUCUUGAAGAACCUGAUGACAAGUUCUUCAUAGACUUAUCACACACCAAAGACAGAUGUUACAUUACCAUCAACGUCAACUCAUCUACCACAUCUGAAGUAUAUUUAAUUGACAGUCAAAACCAAGUUGGUGCUUCCCUUAUGCCAGUAUGCCAACGGCAGAGUGGGGUGCAGUAUUUUGUGGAACAUAGUCGUGGUACAUUGUACAUUUUGACUAAUGCAAAUAAAGAUAAGGAGUACAGACUGAUUACCUGCAAAAUGCCAGUAAAAGGUUCAAUCAGAAAUGCCUUAUGGUCUGACUGUGGCACUCUCUUCACACCAGAGGUAGGGUGUCGUAUACUUGAUAUGGAUGUAUUCUCCAGUCACUGUGUGCUCUGUGUCAUGGAUGGCAUCAGACCAAAAAUGGUUGUAAUACAUCUAGACUCUCAUGAACUGAGAAAUAUUGUUGAGGUCAAUGAAAAGUUCUGUAAGAUCAUCCCAGGACCAAAUGCAACUAGCAGUUCAACUGCCUUCCAGUUUUUCCUCACUUCCCCUGUGAUUCCAUCCAGAGACUUUCUUCUAGAUGUUCAUGAUGGAAGCAUCGCGGAGAAAAAAGAUGCAAGAAGUCUUGAGAAGAUAGAACACUUAGAUGAGAAGUCUGCAAUUAGCAAAGAAUGCUUGUGUACAAGGCUAGAGGCAAAGAGCACGGAUGGACCCUUGGUGCCAAUCACAGUGUUCCACAGGGCGGAUGUAUCUCUACAUGGUUCCAACCCAAUGUUGAUACACGGUUAUGGUGCUUAUGGUGAAGCGCUAGACAUGAGUUAUAGUUCUCAUACAGCAUUACUCAUUGAGCUUGGCUGGGUAGUAGCCUACUGUCAUGUGAGGGGUGGCUCAGACCUGGGAUUACAUUGGCACCGCAUGGGAAGAGCACUUCAUAAAGUCAACAGCUUGGAGGACAUGGAGGCCUGUGUUUCCCGCCUUCAUGAGUUAGGUUAUUCACAGCCCAGAAUGACAGCGAUUCAUGGAAUGAGUGCUGGUGGUCUGCUAGCAGCAGCGGUCUGCAACCGAUCCCCGAAUCUCUUCCAGGCAGCAAUAUUAGAGGUUCCCUAUGUUGACGUUCUGUCCACCAUGUUGGAUCCCGAUCUCCCUCUAACUCUACAAGAGACAGAGGAAUGGGGUAACCCUCUCCAUGAUACUGAAGCAUUCAACUACAUCAGGUCUUACUGUUCUUACCACAAUAUCACCCAACAGGAGUAUCCGUCUAUGCUGGUCAUUGCAUCCCUUGCCGACAGUAGGGUUCCCUUCUGGGUGCCAUUGAAGUACACAGCCAAGCUGCGUCACAUGAUGAAGUCAUCCAAACAUUCCAAUUAUGCAUUGUAUUUAUGGGUACAGGAAGAGGGCGGCCAUUUUGGGCAAGGAGGCGAGACCAGUCUACAUGAGCAAAUGGCAGUGCAGACAGCAUUUUUGUACAAUGCUUUGGGCCUCAGUAUGGACUCGCAGCAUCACGUCCAGUCAGAAUAACAUAUGAAGUGUCUCUAGCAUAGCCUUGAAAUCAAAAGCACCAGGUCAGAGACAGGAAGUCAUGAAAAAAGGUUUCAAACGUAUUUAUUUAUGCCGUUUCAUUUUACAUAAUAAGGGUAUGUGCAUAAUUCAAAGUAAUGUUUUUAUCAUAAGUUUAGGUUAUUUUUCAUAAAUUAUUUUGAAAGUUGUCACUGAAUAGUCAGGCAUGAAUCGUUUCUCAGAUUUCUAAGGGAUGGUGUUUGUUUCCAAAUGCUGCAUGCAGCCAGAGAUGCAGUUGAUACCUGCUGUCACCUCACUGAAUGUAAAUGGAUUCCAAGUUCUUGUGAAAAUGCCGCGUCAGGUUUUGGCUGUAUUCUCAGCAAGUAAACACUGUUUUUUUUAAUUACGGCUCAAACAUUUUACCUAUCACAAAAUUUGUUACAAGAUCAAUAUUAUAAUAAAAUAUCUACAGUUUCAAAA